GUGUAUUGACGUGUCCUAAUGACGUAAUUGGUCGAAGAGGCGAGACGGCUCUCGCGAAUGUCCACGUAUGUACGUGUCAAAUGCGAUCAAUCGCGCGUCUCGUAUAACCGCGUGCCCGAGAGGGCGAUGAGCACGUUAAGGUCACCGGCGUUGUAGGUUUGUAAUGAGACCCCGCGUUUGAAUCUCGCCGAAGCUAUGAAGUCCAACGGGAGGAUCGUGUUCCUGCCGCUCCUGGCGUUGUUUCUUCUGAGCGCCGCGGAACUGGAGACUGGCUCGAAGAAGCGCGGCGAUAUUACGCAGAAAUCGAAUACUAAUGAGGAAACGGAGGAGGAGGUCGCGAUCGAGGAUAUGGAGAAUGCCUUCGAACAAUUGCGCGAGCUGAGUGCACUGCGUGACACGAUAAUGAAGCUCGUACCGACGUCUGACCCGAUCUACGACAAGCUCAAGCAGACUGGUAAAAAGGAGGAUGGAGAGAGCAAGACGGAGUCCGCCAACAAGGAGACCCUGGAGAAUCCAGGAACAAGAAACGUAUGGAUGAAGACUAUGAUAGCUCAAACGAAAGAUACAGACACUAUAGUUUUAAAUGAGAGACCAUUGGAUGAAGACGAUAUAGACUCUUGGGAAGCUCAAGAGCUGUAUGAAACGCUCGAGGAGGAGGUCCAAAAACCAUUGUCAUUGGAACAACAAGCAGCCGAACAAUUGUUUAAGAAAGCAGACAGUAUCAUAAAUGCGAUGCGUGCUAACAGAGAUGAAGGUUAUAGAUUGCUCAUUGAAGCAGCAAAGUUAGGCCAUCAUGAGGCAAAAUCUAUAUUGACAUGGGCAAGAUUACUUGGGUCUCCCUUGGAUUCUACUACCCAGGAAGUAGCUAUUAACGACAUACCUAAUAUAUUUAAAACAUUCAAGGAGCUUGCAGACACUGGACUCCCAUCUGCUCAUAUGGGACUAGGAUUUUUGUAUGCAAUCGGUAUUGGUGGCGUUAAUGCAUCUCAAGCAAAAGCUCUACUUCAUUAUACUGUAGCUGCUCUCGGUGGUGAUGUUCGUGCUCAAAUGGUAAUGGGAUAUCGUCAUUGGGCAGGUGUAACAACACCAGCUUCUUGUGAACGUGCUUUAGACUUUUAUCGAAAAGUAGCGAAGAAGGUCGCAGAAGAAGUUUCGCUGAGUGGUGGUCCAGUAGUUCAACGGGUUCGACUCUUAGACGAGCAUGAAAACCCAGGAUAUACUUCCGGAAUUUUUGAUCAAGAUUUAAUAGAAUAUUAUCAAUUGUUAGCCAAAAAGGGCGAUACCCAGGCACAAGUCGGACUUGGACAACUGUAUUAUCAAGGAGGCAGAGGAGUCCCUCUGGAUCACGAAAGAGCAAUGCAGUAUUUUCAACAUGCUGCUGAUGCUGGCAAUCCAGUAGCUAUGGCGUUCCUUGGAAAGAUUUAUUUAGAAGGAAGUGAAAUUGUUAAACAAGACAAUGAAACAGCGUAUAAAUAUUUUAAGAAAGCUGCAGAAUUAGGCAAUCCAGUAGGCCAAAGUGGAUUAGGUCUGAUGUACUUAUACGGAAUGGGAGUAGAAAGAAAUACUGCUAAAGCAUUGCAAUAUUUCAGUCAAGCUGCAGAACAAGGUUGGGUUGAUGGACAGUUACAGUUAGGCAAUAUGUAUUUUAGUGGCAUAGGCGUGAGGCGGGAUUACAAAAUGGCAAACAAGUAUUUUAAUUUAGCUAGUCAGUCCGGUCAUGUAUUGGCAUACUAUAAUCUUGCUCAGAUGCAUGCCACUGGCACUGGAAUGAUGAGAAGUUGUCCAGCGGGUGCAGAAUUAAUGAAAAACGUCGCUGAAAGAGGAAAAUGGAGCGAACAAUUAAUGGUCGCACAUUCUGAUUAUAAAGACGGCAGGGUGAACGAAGCAUUCCUCAAUUACGCCCUGUUUUCCGAAAUGGGUUACGAAGUUGCACAGAGUAACGCAGCAUUCAUUUUGGAUAGAGGAGAAACUAGUAUUUUAUCGGAAGAGCAAGGCUUGGUUAGAGCUUUAGCAUUAUGGGCACGAGCUGCUGCACAAGGCUAUUCUGCUGCACAAGUAAAACUUGGAGAUGCGCAUUAUUAUGGUAGAGGAACAAAAGUUGAUUAUGAAGUUGCUGCAAGUCAUUACCGUUCGGCAUCUGAACAACAGCACAACGCUCAAGCCAUGUUCAACUUGGGAUACAUGCAUGAACGCGGAUUAGGUUUAGCUAAAGAUCGGCAUUUAGCUAAACGAUGCUACGAUUUAGCUGCGGAUGCUAGUCCUGACGCGCGAAUACCUGUAGCAUUAGCUUUGAUCAAACUUUCUUUCCUUUUUGGCUUUGAUUAUCUACAAGAAUUCAGUUUAGUCGAUCAAUUGGAUAAAUGGGAUCAAUUGCUUGGACAAAACUGGGAUUUAUAUCUUAUUGGAUUUCUCACAGGAAUGCUUAGUCUUAUUAUAUACUUCCGCAGACCGCAGCCACCUCCCCCACCGAGACCUGUUAACUAAAUUUUGUACUUUCAUUCAUUUGGUUUCAUAUAUAUAUAUAUAUACACACACAUAUAUAUAUAUAUAUGUAUAUGAAUAUACAUAGAUUUUUCUAGACUAAGCUUGGAAAAAAUUUUAUAAGAGAUUUAUAUUGAAACAUCGUUUUUUAUAAUAUCCUUCCUAU